ACUCCAGAGGCAUAGCCACGCGCAGCCCGGACAGCAAAAGGAAGGGCACCCCUGCCGCCGGAAGGAGCGGCACGUUUCUUGGCCCCCAGAUUGAAGUGCCGAAGUUGCGAGCUGCCAUGGAGAGUUCUGAUCCUGACCCUACAGAUGACAGUUCCAUGGACGCGUUCCUGGACAAGUUCCAGAGCCAGCCUUACCGCGGCGGCUUCCGCGAGGACCAGUGGGAGGAGGAAUUUGACAAGAUCCCCCUAUUUAUGAAAAAAGCGCCAUCAGAAAUUGAUCCCAAGGAGUUUCCUGACUUGGCUUGCCUCCAAUCGAUUAUUUUUGAUGAUGAGCGAUCUCCAGAAGAGCAAGCCAAGACCUAUAAAGAUGAGGGCAAUGACUACUUUAAAGAAAAAGACUAUAAGAAAGCUGUGGUUUCCUACAGUGAAGGACUGAAGAAGAAGUGUGCAGACCCUGAUCUGAAUGCCAUCCUGUAUACCAACCGGGCAGCAGCACAGUACUAUCUCGGCAAUUUCCGCUCUGCUCUCAAUGACGUGCUGGCUGCCAAGAAGCUAAAGCCUGAUCACCUGAAAGCCAUCAUACGAGGUGCCCUGUGCCAUCUUGAACUGAAACACUUUGCUGAGGCUGUGAACUGGUGUGAUGAGGGACUACAGAUUGAUGCCAAAGAGAAGAAACUUCUAGAAAUGAGGACAAAAGCAGACAAGCUAAAGAGGAUGGAGGAGCGGGAUCUGAGGAAAGCAAAGUUGAAAGAAAAGAAGGAACAAAAUCAGAAUGCGGCUCUGCUCCAGGCCAUCAGGGCUAGGAACAUCAGGCUUGUCUCUGAAUCAGUCGGUGAAGAUGAAGAUUCAGCCUCCAAUGUAGCCGAGAUGCUCCUGGAUGGGCUCAGCUCUGAGAACCCCUGUGGAGCCAGGCUCAGUAUAGAUGACCAGGGCAGGCUGAGCUGGCCUGUUCUGUUCCUGUACCCCGAGUAUGCACAGUCUGACUUCAUCUCCGCUUUUCACGAGGACACCAGGUUUAUUGACCAUCUAAUGGCGAUGUUUAGUGAAGCGCCCUCCUGGGACUCAGAGCACAAGUACCACCCAGAUGAUCUGGAGGUCUACUUCGAGGAUGAGGACAGGGCAGAACUAUACCAGGUGUCCCCCGAGAGCACCCUGCUGCAGGUGCUGCAACACCCCAGGUGCUCCGUGAAGGCCCUUACCCCAGCAUUCCUGGUCUGUGUAGGAUCCUCUCCUUUCUGUAAGAAUUUUCUCCAGGGGAAAAGGGUUCAAAGGUAACAUAGGAGCAGACCCUGGGGUCUUGUCCCUCAUCUUCCUCUGCCUGGAGUCUGCACACUGAGUCAUCUGGCUGGAGUCCAGCACUCUGUCCCCAGGGACAGUGGUCCUAACCUCUCGUUGGGGAAGAAGCUGCUGGACUCCCUGACCCUACGCCUGUCUGACUGAGUGCUGCGCUCCAGCUGGGCCUCAGCCUCCUCACGUUCACAGCUCUGCCUGGCCAGUCCAUCUUUGGAGUCCAUCUCUGAAGAAAGCAUCCACUGCAAUUACCAGAAUAGCUGGCCUUGGUAACCACUGGCCCCUAGACUAUCUCAGGAUGCAGUGACAGUCUCAACCAUUGUGGCAUCGGGCACAUACAGAAGGCACAGCUCCAAGGGAGUAAACCAGUGCUGCACAGUACUCGUAAGGCCUUAGGGCUUGAAAGACUGGUAGUUGCUUCACCAGCAUGGAGAGAAGCUAAGGGAUGCUGUGGAUGCCAUGAGACGACUGGAGCCAUGAAGCCGCAUCCUGUUUCUGUGUUGACUGUAUGAACUGGGAUCCUCAGGAUUACUCAGAGCCCUACUGGUCUCUCUGACCAGUAGAGUUGCAGUAUGAGAACUGCAACAGACCUGGCGGUAGCCCAAGUCUUCUCCAUUCCUCAGCGCCAGUUAUGUCCCUGCCUCAGCAGAAUGCUGACUGGAGGUGUGCACCACUGUGCCUGGCUAGCAUUCCAUGCCUUCUGACCUGGCCUUUGCCUGUCACCGGCUGUUUUUGUCUUGUGUUGUUCUCUGCAUCCUAGAGGUUGUGUGCAUUCUUAGCUGCAGCGGAGUGGCUUCCUGCAGUGUCCACGCCAUCUCCCAAGGGGAGCGUACUUCUCAUUGUCCAUGCAAGGGCUAUGAAAUGGGGCUUGAGCCACAUCUGGCAGCAGCUUGAGGCGUCAGUGGGCAGUGGUUUACAAGUAGGCUUGUGUCCUUUUCCCUUUACCAUGAGGCGCCAUUUCUCAAAUAGGAGCAUCCCCGUGACCUGGGUGUCUGAAGAAAGCUCACAGCAGCUGGCCUAAAGUCACCAUUUGUAACAUGAGUGGCAGAUGUUUGUGUAGUAAACACUGAGAUUUGGGGGAUUGUUUGUCACUGUAGGAAAACUAAUACAUCAUUAAAGUGAAACCAGCUGAUGGCCUUCAGAUGGGCUAA